AUGCAACAUCCGAUUCUGCGCUAAAGCGAAGCUUUAACAAUGGCAGUGAACAGUCCAGGCGGCUACCCGCCAUUGUCCCCGAAACCCCUAACACCUAAGAGUCCCCGCCACUUUAUAUUUCCUCAAAAGAGCCCUUCCAUCACCUCCAGCACUUCCUCCUCAGGAUACUUCACUCCGCAAUCUGGUUGCAGCUAUGACAAACAUAACCCCCCUCCCAAAUCUCCCAUCGCUCACGGCCACAGAAGUCCCAUGAGUCCGAGACACUUCAACUUCCCUCAAAAGUCACCAUCGGGCCGCUCGAGUCCCUGCAACUUUGAUAGAAUACCUCACGGUCUACACUACACCACCUCUCUCAAACAUGUCCGCCGAGAGAAGUCCAGAUCUCCAAAGCCACCGCCUGUACACAUCCAUACAAACCCCGGCUAUGUAUCUCCUAAUAGAGGCAGAAAACUGUACGGCUCGACUUCCACAGUGAGCUCUCCUCGACUGGUCACAUCUCCGAGUAUUGUAUCCAGUCAUACUGAUGACUCCACAGACGCAAUGCCUGGUACUCCAUCCGCGAUAGUACAUGACGCGGAUGACGAAGCAACCACCACUUCAUCAAGGAUCUGCCGUAAAUCCACUUCUGAUCUCACCGAUUUAACGGACGAUACGCCGUGCACACGGUCGACCAGUAUAAGUAGACCUUGCUCGCCAAUGCGCCGGGGCUCCAUGAAAGGUGGUCUCGCUUAUCUGGCCAGUAGACGAGGAUCGAGGGAAUCCACAAUGUCAAAUUGUGAUUCUGUGGAGGACAUUGGACCUUUGAACUUCCAGAAUACGAUGCGCGGACGUCAGAGACGGACCUCAAACUUCUUGGAAUUACCAGUGGUGGAGCACGCUCGGCCGCGCGUUUGCUCGCUACCAGAGAAGCCGUACAACCCGCGUCUGUCAGACGACUUGUACCGCCUGCGAACCUUUUCCAUCACCACUAAAGGCGGUGUCGUCAACUGCGGUGACUCCAUCUGCAACCGCCGCAGUCGCUCUAAUACAUCCGUCAACUCAACAAAUAGCAGGGCUUCUGACAGAUCACCGUUUGAUGGGUCGUGCUGCUCCGGCUACCGGCCCGUAGACUCCGGCAGCUUGACCACCCCUGACGAGGACGAUCUCGAUCCGAUACCGAAGUACCGCGUUGUGUUGCUGGGCGACGCCGGCGUGGGCAAGACGGCGCUAGUGUCGCAGUUCAUGACCUCAGAGUAUAUGAACACCUACGACGCCAGUUUGGACGACGAGUUUGGUGAGAAAUCUGUGUCGGUGCUGCUCGAUGGUGAAGAGUCGGAGCUCAUUUUUAUCGAUCAUCCCAGCACCGAGAUGUCGAUAGAGAACUGCUUAUCAACAUACGAGCCGCACGCAUGCGUGGUUGUCUACUCCGUGGUGGCAAGGAGCUCGUUCACGAGGGCGGCAGAGCUGCUGCAGUACUUGGCCAGGGAACAGUUCACUGUCGAUAGAACUGUUGUCCUGGUGGGCAAUAAAGCGGAUCUGGCACGAGCGAGACAAGUCACUACCAAUGAGGGUAAAGCACUGGCAACAACAAAAGAUUGCAAGUUCAUAGAAACAUCAUCCGGCAUUCAGCACAACGUUGAUGAGUUGCUCGUCGGGAUUCUAAAGCAAAUAAGACUUAAAGAGAACAGAGAUAAAAAGCAAGCCAAGAAAAUCAGCAAGCAGGAAUCAAAGUCUGCGAAAAUGGCAAGUUCCCGAACUCACAUAUCUUUAAACAUUGCGAGAGAAUUGCUACAGAAAAUUUGCAUCAACGAUAUCUCCAAAUCAAAAUCCUGCGAGAAUUUGCACGUCCUUUAACCGAUAGUGCGUAUUCGAUUGAUAAAUAAACGGCUACAAAGAGUCAUGUUUUGCGAAACAACUUUAUAAGC